AGAGAGAGAGAGAGAGAGAGAGAGAGAGAGAAAAAUAUGAAACAACUCAUUUGCAGAGGAGUAAAUCACGGAAUACCCGUUUGAGAGCGCGACAGGGCUCCUGCUUACAGCGCUAACACCGGAAUUGUGAUGCGCACGAGCCCUUCCUCCUCCUAUACUUCUCCCUCUUCUUCUCCUUCAUCUUCUUUUUCUUCUUCUUCGCUGGAGAUUUUAUGGAAUCGGUGUGAUUGUUGUUAUUGUUGUUGCGGUGGUUGUGGCUGUUUGCGCUCUGGCUGGCUGCCGUUACCGUUACUUACACCGCUUGUGUGUUGUGGCCGUGAAGUGAAACGCCACAACAACGGUCAGCGACACCGGCGGCAGACCUGCCUCACUCUCUGUCUCUCCCUCCCCUUCGCCUCUGUGUGUGUGUCGGUGUUUCUGUGCCUCAAACCGCACGACAGAAGCAGAAAAAAAGAAAAAACAAUUGAAAACCGCGACUCGCUUCCUUCAGUGCCACUCUUGACUCUUCUGAGCCAAACUGAAACAACAAUAAACACCAACACAAAAGAUGAGUUCAUAUUUCGUCAACUCGCUCUUCUCCAAAUAUAAAAGCGGGGACUCGUUACGUCCGAACUACUACGAGUGCGGUUUCGCGCAGGACCUGGCCGGCAGCCGGCCCACCGUGGUCUACGGCCCGGGCUCCGGCGCCACCUUCCAGCACGCUCCGCAGAUCCAGGACUUCUAUCACCACAGCGCCUCCACGCUGCCCAGCAACCCGUACCAGCAGAGCCCCUGCGCGGUCACAUGCCACGGCGAGCCGGGAAACUUCUACGGUUACGACGCCCUGCAGCGGCAGACGCUUUUUGGGGCCCAGGACGCGGAUCUGGUCCAGUAUAGCGAUUGCAAACUGGGAAGCGCGCCGGGGCUCGGCAGCGAGGACGCGGAGGGAACCGAGCAGAGCCCCUCACCGACUCAGCUGUUCCCCUGGAUGAGGCCGCAAGACUUGCGCCAUGCAGGUGCCGACAGACGGCGCGGGCGGCAGACGUACACGCGCCACCAGACGCUCGAGCUGGAGAAGGAGUUCCACUUCAACCGGUACCUCACGCGGCGGCGGCGGAUCGAGAUCGCGCACGCGCUCUGUCUCACGGAACGGCAGAUCAAGAUCUGGUUCCAGAACCGGAGGAUGAAGUGGAAGAAGGAGAACAGGCUGACUGAGAGCGGCUCCCCAACGGCACCGCUACCGCCACCCGAGGAGGAGGAGGAAGAGGAAGAGGAGGAAGAGGAGUGAUAACAAUGACUACUAGACACUUUAACACAUCCUAACACUUGUUUUUUUAACUCCUCAUCUCAGAUAUCAUUCUUAACGUUUUAGGGAAAUGAAAUAAAAAGUGAUGUUUUCUGUUUU